ACUCUUCCUUCAAUGCGUUGCUUUUGUUCUCUCUGUAUCAUUGAGGACGCAAAAGGUACCCGGAUUUGAAAAAGCUCUCUCUCUCUCUCUCUCCGUCCUUCUCUUCCUUCAAUGCCUUGCUUUUCUCCUCUGUAUCAUUGAAGAGAAAAGUUCCCCGGAUUUGAUAGUUCUCUCUCUCUCAUGGGUCGCCAACAAAGUGAAGCAGCCAGGAGUUGAAGCUCUGAACUCACAAGAUGGAAAUCUUCCUCAAAUUCAUACUCCUCAUCUCUCUUUUCACACUUGUUUCAUGUAAUUCAUGCAACACCGCAGAUCAUUACCUCCUCUCCAGAGCCUUCAGUUCAGUCUCAAACUUCAACUCCUCCUGGUUCAAACCCACCAAUUCCAACUGUCCAAACCCUCCAAUCCGACAAAUCAACCUCUCCUCCAGAAACCUCACUGGUAUUCUCUCGUGGCGGUUCCUCAGAAACAUGUCUCACCUUCAAACCAUCGAUCUCUCCAACAAUUCUCUCAAAGGCUCUGUUCCAGGUUGGUUCUGGUCCAGCCCACCUCUCAUCAGAGUCAAUCUCUCCAAGAAUCAACUCGGAGGGACCAUUGGGUUCGAACCCACUUCAGAUAUGGCUCCAUUUUCAUCGAUUCAAGUCCUCAAUCUUUCUACAAACAGGUUCACUAACUUGGCUCAUCUCUCUGGUUUUCGAAACCUCUCUGUUCUUGACCUCUCCCAUAACAAUCUCAAUAUAUUACCUUCUGGUUUUCCCAACUUAACCAAACUUCAAUACAUUGACAUUUCAAGCUGCAACAUUUCUGGCAAAUCAAAGCCUCUCAAGGUUCUUCACUCACUCAAACAUUUAGAUUUGUCCAACAACCACUUGUUUGGUGAUUUUCCCUCUGAUUUUCCUCCACUUUCUGGGCUGGAGUUUCUGAACAUCUCAUUCAAUAACUUCACAGGCCUAAUCAACCACGACAAGGUCCAAAAAUUUGGUAACUCUUCGUUCAUUCACGCUGGUACUACUUCAAAAAUCCCAAUUUCAGUAAACCCACCACACAAAUCAAUCCAAAAACCCAAACCCAUCAAGAAACAGAGUCAUCGACACAGAUCAAAAACAAAAACUUUAGUUUUGGUUUUGGUUGUAUCAUUAGCAUCAACAUUUGUUGCCAUGGCUACGGUUGUUUCUUUGUACUGCUUGUGUAGAAGAAGAGAGCUGAAAAGGAACAAAUGGGCAAUCUCUAAACCGAUUCAACUACCAUUCAAGAUAGAGAAAUCAGGGCCGUUCAAUUUCGAGACGGAGUCAGGGACGUCCUGGGUGGUGGACAUCAAAGAGCCAAGUUCAGCACCGGUGGUGAUGUUCGAGAAGCCAUUGAUGAACCUGACAUUCAAGGACCUGAUUGCGGCCACGGCACACUUCGGGAGGGAGUCCCUACUGGCGGAGGGCAGGUGUGGGCCCGUGUACAGGGCUGUGCUGCCAGGAGGCCUCCACGUGGCGAUCAAGGUGUUGGAGCAUGCCAGAGACGUUGAUCAUGAUGAAGCUGUGGCGAUGUUUGAAGACCUGUCAGGUCUUAAACACCCCAACCUAUUGCCUGUCUCUGGUUACUGCAUUGCAGGCAAAGAGAAGCUGGUAUUGUACGAGUUUAUGGCCAACGGUGACUUGCAUAGAUGGCUUCACGAGCUCCCCACGGGCAGAACAAACGUGGAGGAUUGGAGCACCGACACGUGGGAGUAUCAGGAUGGAGAAGUUGGACCCCACAUAUCAUCUCCAGAGAUGAUGGAAUGGCGCACGCGCCACCGCAUUGCAGUGGGUAUAGCCCGCGGACUUGCCUAUCUCCACCACGCGCGGUCCAAACCUGUGGUGCACGGCCAUUUGGUUCCCUCCAACAUCCUACUCACCGACAACUUCGAGCCGAGAAUAGUUGAUUUUGGACUGAGUCAACACCGAGAUGGUGGAACUACAGAAGCGGAUGUGUACAAUUUCGGUGUAAUGUUGGUUGAAUUGUUGACCGGCCAACCCGGUUCUGAUGAGACAGUUGGAUGGACGAGGAGGCUGGUGAAAGAGGGAGUCGGAGCGAACACGCUGGACUCGAGACUGAGACUCGGCGAUGACUCAGUGAGCGAGAUGGUGGAGAGCCUCCGAGUUGGGUACUUAUGUACGGCGGAGACUCCUGAGAAACGACCCAACAUGCAACAGGUUGUGGGUUUGCUGAAAGACAUACAUCCCUUAACGGCAGAGUUAAAUUGAGUUGACUCGUCACUUCAAUUUCCAACACUCUCUCCAUUUCCAAUACCACGCAACCUUUGGGCGCGUGUGCACAUGUUUCAGCACGUGAGAAGCACGCGCUAUGGUGUCUGGUUGGGACCAGUCACGUGAGGGUAUAUUUUUUCCUGUGUUGCAGAGUCACGUGAGGUUUCAAUGAGGACCCAUGACUCGUUGUCCAAUUUAAUACGAGUAUUUAUUUCGUUUUGUAAUGUUUUAUGGACAAAAAUAUAAAGAUAAAAGAGGAAAAGAGAAAAAAAAAAAGGUGGACAAGAAUAAGUGGGAUAAGGUAAAGAUUAUGGUGUGUGUGUGUUUUCUUUGAGCCAGAGAAUCUCACUGAUUGUUUGUCU